UUUUGUAGGUGCAAAGGACAUGUGGCGUGCUUACCGGGACAUGAGGCAGGCCAACUGGAAAAACUCAGACAAGUAUUUCCAUGCACGUGGGAACUAUGAUGCUGCAAAAAGGGGCCCUGGAGGCAGAUGGGCAGCUAAAGUAAUCAGUGACGCAAGAGAGGCUGUGCAGGGAUUCGGUAAUUCGGGCCGUGGUCGUGCGGAUUCUGCAGCUGACCAGGCUGCUAAUCGCUGGGGGCGUAACGGUGGUGACCCCAACCGCUACAGACCGAAAGGCCUACCCAAAAAGUACUGAAAAGAAGACCACCAUCAGUGCGACAGAAAUUGAAUGAAAUCAUUUUUACUGUAAAACUGCUUGAUUCAAUUUUGUAUAAAACCAUGUUAUUCUCUCCUUUUUUGUUUUGUUUACAUGUUAGCAAUUAGUUUAAAUAAAUCUGCAUUUAUGACAUGAAAAAUGCUAAAGUUUUAGCAUUAUUUGUGUAACACGCUCUAGUGUCUGAAUAAAGAGAAUAACUUUA